AUGAAGUUGAAAAUACGGAUUUUCUUCCACUUAUUUUCUACAAACCUCAUGUUAGUCAUAGCAGUACCUGAUUUUUUUAAAGAAAAACAAAACGCAAAUGAAAUUUAUCUUGUCAAACUGCGAUCAGCUUACUUUUUUCAGAACAACCCCAUUUUUUGGUACUAUAGGCAGUAUUGUCUUAUAACGGGCUUGUACAUGCUCGAACCGUGGGAACAAUCACUGUUCAACUGUGUGAUAUUUGCAGUUUUUUUGCAUAAGGUAUUUGUUGUUGUUAUUUGUAACUUAAACACAACUUUUUUUCAAACUUUCAAAGUCUCAUUUCUAGGGUUCUAG